AUGGAAGUUCCCCACGAUGACUACGACAUCAGUAUUAUGAUUAAAGCCGUUAAAGAAGUCCAGUAUUUGUUGAGAUCAAAGCAGUUUUCAACGUAUUCAGAGCUGGAUAAGGAAAUAACCGAGACUUUGCGUGGUUAUGAAUCUCUUGGUGAUGGGUUUGAGCGUUUUCGAGUUCAUCUAACCAAAGACGCUGCAAUUAGCCAUGAUUUGCAGCGUAGUUUGUCCGACAUGAAUGCUAGAUGCGAAGCGAGGCUUAAGGAUUUUGAGUGGAGUCAAAAAGAUCAAAUAAACGACAUGCUGCCAUUUGUUGGGAGCACUUCUCGUAUAUUGGUUCAUGGUUGUGGUGGAUUGCUGGCUGUUGCGAUUGCGUGUGCCAUACAGGAAAGGUGCGGCGUACAUUUUUACAUUUGCGAAGGACGUUCUGCAAGCAAAAAGUACUCGGAAGGCACGGGCGUAGCUUUGCUGGAAAGGGCUGCACAGACACAGGAGGGAAUGCGUCUCAAAGACGCUUUGAUGAAAUCCUGCACAAUUAUUCCCGAUGCCGGUAUGGGUGCUAUCAUGAGUAAAGUGGAUUUUGUGGUAAUGGGAGCAUACUGUGUGACUGAGCAUGGAGGGCUGGUACAUAGUACUGGGUCGCUACAAAUUGCCACUGUUGCGUCUGCAAUGAAAGUUCCUUUUUACGUUCUUUGUGAGACGUUUAAAUUCACUCGCAUUUUCCCUCUUAGUACGGCGGACCUCAAACAGCCGGAAGAAAGCAAUGACGUUCCUCUCGUAGAGUUUGUUCCGCCGACAAUGAUCACGCUUGUUUUUUCUGAGCAGGGUAUAAUGCCACCUUCUGCCGUAACUGCUGAAAUGUUCAGAUUUCACACCGCCCGGUUUGCACCAGGAAAACGCAAAGAACUUUUUUUUUAA